CUGCUACUAUUCUCGCUCUCAUUCAAACUGCGUAAACGGAGCUGGUGAGACACGGACACUCGCGCCGUCUAGUGUGUCAUCGUUUCCUGACGUUCAUUCACGGUGUAACAAGUCCGUCUCCAACGGGAAGUGACUCACCCGCCCCCGUGUCCCAGCCACAGCCGCUGGGUGACGACGUAAGACAAAAGCCCGGAUGAGAGUCGGAUAGUCACUGCGGACAGGACAGUCUCUUUCCCACGUUGGUGUUUACAGGGAGCGGACACAGUGUUUGGUGUUGAAGUGGGACUCGAAACUCAACCCAGGGAGGUUUUACCCAGUCAAAGCUGACAGACAUCUCAACACGGACAGGAAGACCUUUGUGUCUCUCCUUCCUAUUGUAUCCGCGCUAGCUCACUGACAGCGUCGAGACAUUACUCUCUGCUACACAACAUUUCAAGAUGAAACAUCUCCGAUGCCUUAGCGGUGCCAACAAGCAGUGGGUACCCGAACAGGAGGCCGAGCCAGGUACGGAGGUGUUGGCCGGGGACCUGUACCUGGUCAGUCCGGGGGGCACAUGCAAGAAGCGCGCCUCCCGCUACCCGGUCAGCGUCAAGGUGUACCGGUCAUGCUUCGGUCACUACGCGGUGCUCAGCACCAGUCUGCGUGCACCCGCCACCUACCUCAACCUGCGCACGUGCAACGCACGCCAGUGCCUUCCACCCGCGGACUCCACGGACUCGAGGGUCGGCCGGUUCCGGGUGGAGCUGGGUGGCGGUGAGGGGCAGGUCAUCUACUUCGAGACCAACCCGCGAGAACAGCGCGUGACCCCCGAGGAGUGGGUCAAGGCCUUCCAAGGCACCGUGACCCCUUCCCCUGGAACAAUCUCCCCCUCCUUGUCCCCUGUCAUCCCCCGAAGUCCCAUCAUGCCCACGCUGCAGGAGUCCCUGGAGGAGGACGAGGAAGAAGAGGAGUUGGAACACAUGCAGGGGCACGUUCUGUCUGUAGGUUGAAGACUUUGGGAGUUAAUCAACCUCAGAGGUACUGAGGCAAGUUCGUACAAGUCUUGGUGACCCUUCGGGUUAGUAGCAAACAUUUUCCACGACAGCAAAAUGGCACUCCUGUGACCUUUUGGUGGGAUUUUGUCCUUACCCCUUGUCACGACUGAGCCUAAUGGUGAAGGGAGAGUGGCAUAGCUAUCAUUUUCACCGACGGAAAUGCCGACAUCCUUGUCCCUUGUCCGUGGGCGACAUUUUUCUCCGGUCCAGGCGUAUGGUGGUUUGUGGCACGCUGUGACUUUACUGUCAGAUGGUGAAUAUCGGAGACACUAACUGGUGAAGUUGUGCCAAAAAGGAGAGAAAGAAGUCUCAGAUUCCUUAGAACCUUCAGUACAUAUAAUUUAAAAAGUAUAUUUACAUCUUGGCCAUAUCACGUGAUAGUGAUGUCCUUCACUUUGUGUUGUACGGCGUUGCGGCAAUAGAGUGGAAGUUUAAUUAGUGAAUUUUAAUUGUUUGAUGUUGACUGAGCACGGACAAUGAUCAGCGACUUGUCAUCAUGCAGUGCAUGUCUGGUCACAUUUCGCCAGUCGUUACUUACUCAUCAACAAUGAUCAUGAUGGUGUGAAUCAGCGCGAGCAUGUGUGAGGAUAGAGAAGCUUAACAAUUGAUCUCCAUUUCCGUUUUUACUUAUAGUGAUCACGUUUACUCAACUCUGAUACUAAAUACUAACCUUAAUACGAUAUCUCUCUCACACUCUCACGUGCAUACUGUCUCAUACACACACGCUCUCUCACACACAUUCUUAGACACACCCUCACACACAUACACAGACACCACACUCUAAAAGAAACUCUCUCACACGCACACACUCUCACAUACACACAAGUCAUUCAACUUUAAUGUGAAGAAGAUGCACGGUGUGUAUUUUCUAAGCUUGGGAGCAAUGACUCUUGUUUAUCAUUAACCCCCUGCCAUCUUGUAGUGUGCAAUAAUGAGAACCCUUUUCGUUUUUCAUUUGUUGGAAAUGGUUUUUUAAUUUAACAUUUGCAGCCUGUUUGGUUGUUAUUACUAGUUUCUUACUGUUUGCUGCCAAGAAAGGCAGGUUUGUUUUUAGUUGUUUUUUUUUUUUAAUUUUAUAAUUAUACCCGGCAGACUGAAUAAACGGGAUAACAAAUAUGAA